AUGGUAGCUGCAAUUGCCACUGACACGUACUCAAGUCAAUUGACCAAGAGUCUGCUGCAACGCGACUUUGAGCUGAAAGUCGAGAUUCCGGAAAAUCGACUGUGUCCACCGGUACCUGACCCCAAGUAUAGACUCAAUUACAUCCUGUGGCUGCAAGACCUGCUCGAUACCACUGGCGAUGAAUACCGCGAUAACUAUGACCCUGACCGAGAAGUUAUCGGACUUGACAUUGGGACAGGAUGCUGCAGUAUCUACCCCCUGCUAGGUUGUUCCAUGCGACCUCAUUGGCGCUUCGUCGCAACAGACAUCGACAAAGACAACAUCCGAACAUCGCGAGACACAAUCUCUAAGAACAAACUUGAUUCUCGCAUUGAGAUCAUCCAGACAGACCCGAAGGAUGAGCUGAUUCCAUUAGACACGAAGCUCAAUGUCGACAGACUUGACUUCACCAUGUGCAAUCCCCCAUUUUACGCCUCGCGCGAUGAAUUAAUAGCUUCUGCAGAAGCCAAAGAGCGACCUCCCUUCUCGGCCUGCACCGGCGCCGAGGUAGAAAUGGUGACCACUGGCGGCGAAAUCGCCUUCAUCACGCGCAUGAUCGAAGAAAGCCUGCGCCUCCGCGAGCGAGUAAUCUGGUACACCACCAUGCUCGGCAAACUAAGCAGCGUAUCCGUUCUCAUCGAGACGCUCCUCGAACACAAGAACAACAACUACGCCGUGACCGAAUUCGUCCAAGGAAACAAAACCCGAAGAUGGGCCAUAUCCUGGUCAUGGACCGAUCUCCGUCCGACAGUCUCCAUAGCACGAGGCACCACCGCCAUCCCCAAACACCUCCUCCCCUUCCCCUCAGAAUACAUAUUCACCACACAAUCCGAGUCCAUCGACGAGGUAAGCGCCAAGAUAGACUCAGAGCUCUCCGCCCUACACGUCCAAUGGCUGUGGCGCAAGAACCUCGCCACGGGAGUCGGGUUUGCAAUGCAGAACGUCUGGUCUCGGCAGGCGCGUCGCAAGAUGCAGAACCCGGAUGCGAUGGCUGAGAUGGGGGAGAUUGAUGAGACGAAGGCAGCGCUGGGGUUCAAGGUGCAGUGUAAGAAAGAUGCAAUUGAUGAGAAGGGGGUGAGGGUUAUUGUGAGAUGGUUGAAGGGGAGGGAUACGGUCUUGUUUGAGAGUUUUUGUGGGAUGUUGAAGAGGAAGGUUGAGAGUAAUCAGUAG